AAAUUCUAUAAUGGAACGUACAUGGAAUAAGGUGGCAUCCACUUUAUACUCCAAGAAAAUGUAUAUUUGGCGAAAAGAUACAGUCAAACCAAAUUUUGUUUUGGAGGAUAUUUGGAGAAGCUGGAAGACGCAUUGGGCCUCAGAUGAAUGGAUGGAUAAAUCUCGUAUCGCCACUCGAAAUCGAUGUAGUGAGAUUGGUGGACUAGGCACUGGUCCAAGCAAGCAUACCGGUGGUUCUAGAUCAACAGUGGAGCAUACUAUAAAAUUGGCAAUAGAACUACGUCGUCCACCAAAUUCGUGGGAUAUAUUUAAGAAGUUGCAUAAAAGAAAGGAUGGAAGCUUUGUUGAUGCCAAGUCUAAAUGCAUUAAUGAUAAAAUGGAGGUUGUCUUAGCUGCUGCUCUUUCUAGCUCCUCAGAUGAUUCACAAGAAGUUCAAGAACUUGAUAUAAAUAGCUUAUACUUUGAUGUUGUGGGUGGAGAAAAACACGACGUGUGUAUGGUUUAGGCUCUCAAGGUUUGGCGUUGUAUCAAGAUCAAAAUUCUAUCACUUCGCGCAAUUUACAUGCGGUGUCUAAUGAUGUUGCUGAAGAGCGCAUUAAACUACUUGAGGAAGAAGUGUUGCAUAUGAGAGAAAAUCAAGAGAGAAUUCUUCAAGAACGUUUAGAGGCAGAGGUGCAACAACGAGUAGAGCACGCGGUCUCGCGUUUGAGGCAACAAAGUGAUGAUUGAUUCAAGUCUAUGGAGGAACGAUGGUCUCGCAUGCUGAGCGAGAUGGCGUUAUCCUCACGCUCAUCUAGUAAUCCUUCUCCUUAAUAGGAAAUGACCAAAUGUUUAUGUGUUUAAAUAUUUGUACACUUUUGCUUAUUGAAGUUGUGCUUUGACAUGUUUUAACUUCAUAAUUUUGUAUUAUAAA